CACAAUAUGGCGCCUUUUCUCAUGUGUGAAUCGAGACAUACAGUACAGCAAAUCUUAAGUGAUUACAAGUGAAGCAGAAAUAAGAUAUCUUUGAUUAGCGACGCUGUUGGCGUGGAAUUUUAUUCAAAAAAACAUUUUGAUGAUGACCAGUGGCAAAAAUUAAGGGUGGACAGCAAGAAGAAACGGAAGUGUAAUGUUAUACCAACAAUAUUCUCACAUACUGAACUAAAAUUUCAAAAGGCAGUCUAGGAAAUGCUACAUAGCUUUGUUACAUAGCAAAGAUGCUGCUGACUCUGUGGUAGAAGUGCAAGAUACUCCACAACCACCUUCCCAGAGUGCAGUUCUAAUGGGUGACCAAGGAAAUCAGAGGGGUAGUCUGGCAGAUGACUUGGCAGCACUGCUCAAUUCUGGGUUCAAUGCAGACAUCACUCUGCAUGCUGGCAACUUCAAGGUGCUGGCCCACAAGACUGUGCUGGUUGCACGAAGCCCAUUUUUUGCUGCUAUAUUAAAAAAUGGAAGACAGCACUGUCACAUCGAACUGCAUGAUGUCGAGGCAGAUGUGCUGCUGCAACUUGUAAUUUUCAUGUACACUGACAGAGUUCCCAAGCUGCAGAGUAUGGCACCAAAGUUACUUUUAGCAGCAGAAAAGCUCAAAUUGCCUGUCCUGGAGCAAAAAUGUAAGGAGCAGUUAAUUCUGGACAUGUCUAAAGGGCAAAUGGCUGCAAAUGCAUUGAUCACUGUGCACAACUCAUUUAAGAACCAAAAGAGGACUGCAGCUGUGAUGAAUUACACCCAAACUGUACAAGAUGCAAAUGUAGAGCACUCUACAGAAAUGUCGCCAAACUCCCUACAAGUGGCCACAGAGGAAUCUAGUGCAAAAAAAAGAAAACUGGAAAGUUUUGUACAAACUUCAGGACAUGGAUCUAGUGUUCAAAUAGCAACACCAAAAAUGCCCUUACAAGGGGCUGAGGGGAUGUGGAUUUUCAAUGAAGCAUCACCAAAAAUCUUCAUACAGACUACUAACAAAGGAUCUCGUGUAAAAGGAAAAUCACCAAAAGUCCCAAUACAAGCUCUUGACAAAGUACCUUAUUUAAAAGUAAAAUCACCAACAGUCCUAUUAAAGGCUGCUGACAAGGGGUCUCAUGUUACUGAUGAGGGAUCUCAUGUUAAUGGAAAAUCAACAAAAGUUCUUUUACAGGCUACUGAUGAGCAACUUUGUUUACAGGGAUUUAUGGCAGUAUUACGUUUACAGCCUGUUGAUAAGGCAUCUUGUUUAAAUGAAAAAUUGUCAAAAGGUUCUCUACGGGCUACUAAUGAUGGAUCUCAUUUAAAUGGGCAGUCGCCAAAUGUUCCUGUACAGGCUACUGAUGAGGGAUCUCAUUUAACUGGAAGAUCACCAACAGUCCCAGUACAGGCAGCUGACAAGGGAUCCCAUUUAGAUACAAAAUCACCAACACAUUCUGUUUGCUCUACCUAUGAGGGACCUAUAGAGGCUAUUGUUGAGGAAUCUUGUUUGAAUGGAGAAAGUCCAAAAAUCACUGUACAGACUGGUGCAGAUAGUGUGUGUUUGAAUGGAGUAUCACCAAAAAUCUCUGAAGUCAUUGUGAUAGAGGAAUCUCCAAAACCCCCUGCUAAACACAGAUUGAGCACAAAGGGAACAACAACAGUCAAAAGCAGGAAUUCAGCUGGAGCAAGCAGUGCACAGAAAACGAGACACACAUUACACAGUGCUGCAGAAUGUGGUUCUUUGGAGGACAUAGAGGCACUUUUAGCCCAAGGAAUAGAUGUGGAUACAAAAGACAAGAAAAAAAGGACUGCUCUAUUAUUGGCAGCAGAGAAUGGCCAUGAAGAAGUUGUGAAGUGGUUGCUACAAGAAGGGGCAAAUGUAGAUGCCCAGGACCAUGACAAGUGGACACCAGUGCAUUGGGCAACACACAAUGGGCAUGAAGAGGUUGUCAGAUUAUUGCUCCUUGCAGGGGCUGAUGUCAGUAUUAGAAACCGCUGGCAGAGUACACCGCUGCAUUCGGCUGCAGCCUGGGGCUAUGUUAACAUUGCACAUAUGCUUUUAUCAAACUGUGCAGAAGUCAAUGCAAAGGACAAGGACGGGAGUACACCUUUACACUGUGCAGCUAAGUGGUGUCAGAUGGAGAUAGCACAGGUGCUGUUGCGGGCUCGUGCGGAUAAAAGUGCCAAGGACAAAAAAGGAAAGAAGCCCCUGGACUUGGUGAGAAAAAACAAGCAAAACCAUUGGACAGCAAUUAUGAGGUAGUUUGCCUCAUAUUUUAUGUGCAUCAAUAUUAACUGUAUGCAGCAUAAAAUAAAGAAAAAUAUAU